GGUCAGUAACCCCGGCAAUGGGCAGGGCGGCGGGUAUCCCCCGCGGCCCGGGCCAGCCCGUGGCUCUUCUCUGGCUGCUGCUGCUGGACGUGGCCACCGUGGAGCUGCGAGGGUCCUCAGCCACGGCCGCCCCCGGCCCGACUGCAGGCGAGGCGGGAGCGUUGGGGGGCGGCGCCCCGACUUGGCGAGCACAGCGGUUGGCCCCGGGAGCCACAGGUGGCAGGGGAGUCUCCACAGUGUGCGGGAAACCCAAGGUGAUGGGGAGGAUCUACGGCGGCCGGGACGUGGAGGCCGGCCAGUGGCCAUGGCAGGCCAGCCUGCAGUCCCAGGGCUUGCACGUGUGUGGAGCCGUCCUCAUUAACUCCAGCUGGCUCCUUUCCACCGCCCACUGCUUUCUCAACAAACCCAAAGCCCCGGAGAGCUACCGGGUUCUGUUAGGGAGCACCCAGCUCUACCAGCACGGCCCUCAGACCCGGGAGGUACCCGUGAGCCGGAUUAUCACGCACCCAGACUUCGAGAAGCUGCAUCCCUUCGGGAGCGACAUCGCCAUGUUGCAGCUGCCGUCUCCUGUGAACUUCACCUCCUCCAUCGUCCCCGCCUGCCUCCCAGUCCCUGGCAUGAAGCUCCCCAGGAACUCGUCCUGCUGGAUAACCGGCUGGGGGAUGCUCAACGAGGAAACUCCCCUGCUGGAACCCUUCCAUCUCCAGGCGGGUAAGGUGAGCUUCAUUGGGAACAAGUUCUGUAACAUGUUAUAUGGACGUGCGAGAGGCAAAAACUUCUCUGUGCGCGAGGACAUGCUGUGUGCCGGGGACUUCUCCGCAGGAAAGUCCAUCUGCCACGGCGAUUCCGGGGGCCCCCUGGUUUGUGACUUCGCCAGCUCCUGGGUUCUGAUGGGGCUGGCCAGCUGGGGCUUUGACUGCCGACACCCCAUCUACCCCAGCAUCUUCACCAACGUCACCUACUUCACCGACUGGAUCGAUGAGAUCCAGAGACUUACACCCCACCCUGAGCCCACGUCUGCCCUUACACUGCCCCCUGAGUCAACGUCCCCUCCUCCACAGACCCAGGUUCCACACCAGUCUCUGCGGGCUGCCGGCGCGUCCACACCAGGCACAGCCGUUGUGCCUCCACAGACCUGGCCCCUGGCGUUGUUCCUGCUCGGGGCCCUGAGACAGGCCCUGUGGUGAUCACCCAAGCCCCUCAGCUCCAGCGGUGUGCCUCAGGACCCAGCCUGCUCACUGGAACCUUCCCCCCUCCCUUCCCUCAGCCCCAUCAGCUCUCAGGGGUCCCUUCUUGGCUUCCCCGUCCACCAGCUGUGACCCCCAAAUCCAAGCUUGAAAAACCAAAUAAAAGCA